GUAGAGCCAUUGAUGUCUUGGAGAAGAUGCCAAAGCAUGGUUGCACUCCUAAUUCCCUGAGUUACAAUCCGUUGCUUCAUGGCUUUUGCAAAGAGAAAAAGAUGGACAGAGCAAUUGAGUAUUUGGAAAUAAUGGUAAGUAGAGGUUGUUACCCCGAUAUAGUCACCUAUAAUACUUUACUAACUGCAUUAUGCAAAGAUGGGAAGGUGGAUGUUGCAGUUGAGAUAUUGAAUCAACUAGGUGGCAAGGGGUGCUCUCCUGUUUUAAUUACUUACAACACAGUUAUUGAUGGACUUUCUAAGGUGGGAAAGACCGAUUUUGCUGUGAAACUGUUGGAAGAGAUGUGUGGAAAGGGUCUUAAACCUGAUAUAAUUACGUACUCAUCUCUAGUUGGAGGGCUGAGUCGUGAAGGAAAGGUAGAUGAAGCAAUCAAGUUUUUCUAUGAUUUAGAAGGAUUAGGUAUUAAGCCAAAUGCUAUAACGUACAACUCAAUCAUGUUGGGACUUUGCAAGGCUCGACAAACCAGUCGUGCUAUUGAUUUUCUGGCUCGUAUGAUCUCAAGAGGAUGUAAACCCACUGAAGCUACAUACACUAUUCUUAUAGAAGGCAUUGCAUAUGAAGGAUUAGCUGAAGAGGCUUUGGCGUUAUUGAAUGAGUUAUGCUCCAGAGGGGUUGUGAAGAAAAGUUCAGCUGAGCAGGUAGCAGUCAAAAUGUAGGAUAUGCAUAUUUAUUCUUAACUCACUGGCGGCUGUAUCAUAUUAUGCACUUGGAUUUUGUAAGCCCCCUUGUGUCAGUGAUUUGAUGAUCUAGAAUUUUAGAUUUUCAUUAUGAGGAAGGAGAAGCAAUGCAAAGUACGAAAUUCAAUUUUGUCAAGAUGUCUUGUAACUGAUCUAGACAUAUUUUAGUUUUGACUCUUGAAUUGUACCAUAUACUGCCCCGACUUCAAUAUGUACCAUCCAUAUGUCUGAAACUUUCUUGAUAUCCAUUAAACAUAGUUUUUAUCUCCAA